CUGUGUUUGUCAGCGAAUAGCCACAGAUCUUUGUCAUCCUCAGAAACUGCAGUGUGUCGGCAAACCAGUAUUUCACAGCUCGAGCUCGUCACAGCUUCCUGUGUGGUGUGCAGCUUGUCAGUUUGAUCAGGAGUGCACACUGACUGACUCUUCUGGCUGCUACAUCAAAAACAACCAGAUCCAGUAAUCCAAAAUGUCGAAUCCAGUGGUCACUCAUCAGCCAGGUGCAGGUGGCUAUGGGACAAAUGUUCAAACAGGAGAGUGGAGCACCGGCUUGUGCUCCUGUUGCAGUGACUUCUUUGUCUGUGCUCUUGGCUGCAUCUGCCCUGUUGCACUGAGCUGUUACACAGCAAGUAAAUAUGGAGAAAACUGCUGCUUGGGUUGUUUGCCAGGAGGCAUAACAGCCAUAAGGACUCACAUGAGACUGACGUAUGGUAUUCAGGGAACAAUAAUCAAUGAUGCCUUGAUGACCUUUUUCUGCGGACUUUGUGAGACAUGCAGGAUGGCAAGAGAAGUCCGUAUCAGGAAUGGAGACAUUUCACCAUAACAAGACACAAAGGAUUCAUACAGGAUUUUUUCUGUUUGUUGAUGUUCAGCUAUUACGGAAGUAAUUUGUUUAUUGUUGUAGCAGUCCUAGCUUUCAUGUAGACAACAAAGAAAGACCAACUUAUGAAUUAUGCUAUUCAGUGUAUUGAUUAUAAUUGCACCUGUUGCCUUAUAUCUAAGUUUGUGCCAAAGUGCUAGUAUUGAUUUGCAUUAUUGUAAAUAAAUUACAUUUUCA